UCACACUGGUCGUGAAUCAGAAACGCACUAAUUAGUCAAAAAAACGGUACAAAAGAUCGCUUAAUUGCUGAAAUUUCACCUGUCGCAGUUAAGUUUACCCACCAGCAGUUCAAAACCAGCCAGAGGCUAGCUAAAAACCCCAAAGAUCGACCCCAAAACAUCGCCGCAAAGUGGACAACUCCCAGUUUUCAGAGCACCUGCCCCUCAAAAAGGAGCAUCGCGACAAAAAGGCGAGACUUCGCAGCAGAAUGUCCUCGCUCUCUGCGUCCGCGGAGAAUGUGUCCAGUUUGGGACUGGGAUCGGGCGGAGGAGGAACUACUUCCCACGACGGCAACUCCCAGCAGGGUUCCGGAUCCGACGGAGGAUCCAGUAUGUGCCUGGAACUGGCCCUCGAGGGUGAACGCCUCUGCAAGGCGGGUGACUGCCGGGCGGGCGUGGCCUUCUUCCAGGCGGCCAUUCAGGCCGGAACCGAGGAUCUUCGCACUCUGUCCGCCAUCUACUCCCAGCUGGGCAACGCCUACUUCUACCUAGGCGACUACAACAAGGCGAUGCAGUACCACAAACACGAUCUUACGCUGGCCAAGAGCAUGAACGACCGACUGGGCGAGGCCAAGUCCUCUGGCAAUCUGGGCAACACCCUCAAGGUAAUGGGUCGCUUCGACGAGGCGGCCAUCUGUUGCGAGAGGCACCUAACGCUGGCCAGGCAGCUGGGAGAUCGUCUGUCCGAGGGACGCGCUCUUUACAACCUAGGAAAUGUCUACCACGCCAAGGGCAAGCACUUGGGUCAGAGAAACCCUGGAAAGUUCGGCGACGAUGUCAAGGAGGCGCUCACCCGUGCCGUGGAGUUUUACCAGGAGAAUCUGAAGCUCAUGCGGGAUCUGGGUGAUCGUGGUGCUCAAGGUCGAGCUUGUGGUAAUCUGGGAAAUACCUACUACCUACUAGGCGAUUUCCAAGCGGCCAUUGAGCAUCAUCAGGAGCGACUGCGCAUUGCCAGAGAGUUUGGUGAUCGCGCGGCUGAGCGAAGGGCCAACAGUAAUCUUGGCAACUCGCACAUAUUCCUGGGACAAUUCGAGGACGCCGCCGAACACUACAAACGCACCUUGGCUUUGGCCGUUGAGUUGGGUGAACGCGAAGUGGAGGCCCAGAGUUGCUACAGCUUGGGCAACACCUACACGUUGCUGCACGAGUUCAACACUGCCAUCGAGUAUCACAAUCGACACUUGGCCAUUGCCCAGGAGUUGGGCGAUCGAAUUGGUGAGGCCAGGGCCUGCUGGUCACUGGGCAAUGCCCACUCUGCCAUCGGUGGUCAUGAGCGGGCCCUAAAGUAUGCGGAACAGCAUCUUCAACUGGCCAAGGAGCUGCACGACCCGGUGGGUGAAAGCACAGCCAGGGUGAACAUCUCCGAUCUACGAAAGCUACUCGGAAUGCCCGACUCCGAGCCUUCACCCACCGAGGAGGAGGCUCGAUCCACCGCCUCCGAUCACUCGGCCAGCGGAAAUCAGUCGGAUGGAUCGGAGAACUCGCAAGGAAGAAUGGUGCGCGUUCGUCGCCAGAGCAUGGAGCAGUUGGACCUGAUCAAGAUCACUCCCGAUGGAAAGCGCAUGCAGGAGGAAAAGCUACGAGCACAGGCGACCAGGAAAGCCAAAGACGACGACUUUUUCGAGAUGCUUUCGCGGUCGCAGUCGAAGCGCAUGGAUGACCAGCGCUGUUCGAUCAAGGUGAAUCCCGCCGGAGCUCCGGCGGUGGCCACUGGCGCCACGCGUAAGCCGCUUGUGCAGCAGAACUCGUUGUUCGUGGAUCCCACCAACCUGCCUGGCCUCAAGUCACCGUCGUCGGCGAAUCCAUCAGCCAUUGGACAUGGGCCGCUCGCCAGGAGCGCCACCACUACGCAGCAGCCCGAUGAUGACUUCCUAGACAUGCUUAUGCGCUGCCAAGGCUCGCGUCUGGAGGAGCAGCGGUCCGAGUUACCGCGCCCCAAUGUCACCAUGGACGCAGAGGCGGAGGCACCACCGCGAUCCGUCCCAGAGGCUGCUGUUCCAGGGGCACCACGCGGACAGACCGGACGUGGAGCUACCGUCCCCGAUGAGGACUUCUUCUCACUGAUCAUGAAGGUCCAGAGCGGUCGCAUGGAGGAUCAGCGCGCCUCGAUUCCGUUCCGAAAUGCCAACAAUAACAACAAUAGCCGCAGCAACAACAACGGUUCAGCCGGCGGAGCUGGAAAGUAGAGAGUUGUAGUCCAAAAAGCUGAAGUCCAACCAAACAAUCCUAUAAAUCCAUCCCUGGCCGCAGCUCCUGACUCAUUUCGUUGUAAGCCCAUCUUGCGGCCAUUUAUUCAGUCGUUUAUUUUCGGAAAUUGGCUGCUAAACAUUUUGUUCUUUUACAAGAUUUAUAUAUACACACGUACACGAAAAGCAUUAAUUUAUGAAUAGCAACUAACCACGUAACCAAAUAUUAGGGGUGUAUAGGGCCUCGUCUACACGAGCAGAGGGAGGAACCUCCAACGGAUGCACACACUCAUCCACUCAUGACUCAUUACAUACUCCACCAUGAGCUGGCCAUGAUAUUGAACGAUAUGCACUCGAGUCUUACGAUAUUAACGUUUUAAUUGCAUGUGCAAGUAGUUUAAGCCGGAUAAUACUAAUGUACUAAUCCAAUUUGCUCAAUAGACGGAACCAAGUCUUCUCUACGAUCAACGAUCUUACAUUCUCGUAGCCACAUUCAGCUAAAUAUUAAGUUUUAAGUCCAUCGAACCCACUCUACAUGUAAGCAAUGCAUUUUCCAAAUCAAAAUCUAACUACAGAUAUAUCCAAUUGUAACUAUGAGUAUUGCAUUUUUCUAUCAAUCUAUCGAUCGAUCUAAACUCUGAACAUAUUUUAAGCCACUUACAAUUUUUGUUAGUAUAUUAACAAGACACAAAGAAUAGCAGCUCGGAAUUCCAUUUGAGGACCGGCGCUUGUGCAAGCACUUAGCAUACGAUAUACACAACCAAUCAUACUUACACAUAUACAAGAAACAUAUGAACAAUAUAUAUAUAGUUAUACCAAUGUCUAACGAUUUGCCUCUUCGGGUAUUGUUCUACACAAUAUAUACAAUACAAGUUAUAUAUACACAAAACAAAAACACAAAACUGAGUUCGAGUUGUACGAAAUGAAGCCAAAAUUUAUUAAUGUUAUACUUUUUUGUAGCACGAGAUCUACGGGAUCUGCGAAUGAAAGAUACCAUACAGGCGGACAAUUAUGUCGUGUAUUAUUAAAUAUUAAAAUCAAAAAAUGUUUGCUG